AUCAAAAGGUUCAGUUGUUCAUUGUUGUAUAUUGUUUAUGGAACAAGGUUUUCAUUGAAAUUGAGAAGUGUGGAUUGUGCCUACGUCAUUAGGCUAAGAAAGUGAAAAAUGUGCAAACUCAAGCUUCUUUGCAUCAUUUUAUUUAGAAUAUUUUGUUCUGUUGAAGGACAAUUUUUCAAAAUAUCGACUAAGUUUGAAAAUGGGGAUCUAGUGUGCGAAUGGCCCAAUACCUCUUCAUACGUUGAUUAUUUAACAAUCACUACAGACAAAGGAGUUUUGUUUGAAUAUAAACCAAUUACAACUGACCGAUACAAAGUGGAAGGUGUUUUAAAGUAUAGUCUUGUUGAUAUCUGGGUCCGAGAACACUAUUCUUUAAAUUUACAACAAUUUGAAGACUACAGAAAGACAUACAAAGUCAAUAAAGUACAAUCUACGGAAGGAGAAUCAAAAAACAUCUCAUGGACUGCUGAGUAUUUUCCGAAUAGUGGAGAUUACAACAUAUUUCAUGCAUAUAUUGGUCAACCGCUGAAGAUAAUAAAAGUUACUGGAACAAAUUAUGAAAUAUAUGGUGAAAACUUAUUAUACCAUUCCCAACCCGGUUCUUCCAAUGUUUUAUUUGAAGUGAGAAAUAUAUCAGUAAAAGAUGCUGGAUAUUACGUGGGAAGUGAAACAAAGACUUUCUCAUCAGGAAGUGGAGCUGUACUCAUAGUUUCUGGAAAACCAGAGAAACCAAAAAUAACGGGAGACCUGGAAAUCAAAGACGGAAGAAAUGCCACCUUGAAAUGUGAAAGUAAAUCUACAUCUACCCCCGACUAUCACAAGUUUUCACCAUUAUCGUAUAACUGGUUUGUUAAUGGCACCAAAAUAGACGGAGAACAAAGUGCAAACUACACAUUCAAGGUCUCAAAGGAUGACAGAUACAAAGGGUACAGUUGCCAGGCGAACGAAACUUUGGAAUCAGAAAGAAGUGACGAAAUUACAAUAAACAUUUUGUAUGGUCCAGAAAGUGUCAGUAUAACCCCAAAACCUCUUCGCAAUACAAUAACAAUUAAAGAUGGCGAUCUACUUGGUCCGUACAACUGCUCAGCUGACUGUAAUCCGCCUUGUACCGUACAGUGGAAAUAUAAACUUCCGGAAGGAGAUUUAAAAAAUGUUACACACUAUGGGAUUUCACCAUUACCUUUACCAAAUCUAAAAGCAGACAGAACUAGGAUGACUCUGAUUCGAUGUGUAGCUAAAAACAGUGAAGGGCGUGAGAUUGAUGGCAUCAAGUUAAACAUUCUUUAUUUAUCGAAACCGGUGAUCUUUCUUAAUAAUAGUAACCAGACUCUGUCAAGCAUCAAAGAAGGCCAUACUCUCAAUAUUUCGUGUUUUGUGGAAGGCAAUCCCACCCCUUCAAUCAAGCUCAGCAGAGUCUUGAAAGGGCAUAUCAAUGAACAACAAGAAAAGUACUGGCUGAAGUACACUAUAGCACAAGCUCAAUGUUCUGACACCGGCACCUACAGAUGUACAGGAAACACAUCAUUUGACAGUAAACAUGAGGAAGUGACUGUAAAUGUGACGUGUGAACCUCGUCUUGAUAUGUCUCUCAGUGUGCCUUUCAAGAAGACGUAUGGGUCAAAGAGUGGACAAAAUGUCAAAGUUGUUGUGACAGUGCCUGUGCUUGCGAAUCCUUUUCCAUCCUCAGUUUAUUCAAGAAUAUCGUGGCAGGGACCUAGAGGCAAUUAUUUGAAUAUAAGUAACACAGUAAUUCAAAGAGAUAAUGUUGUCUACAAAUACUGGAUCAACAGUACCAUUCCUGUUCCUAAUCCAGAAUCUUUUGGAAAUUACUCAUUGAUUUACGACAAAAACUCCAUCGUCAAUGUAACAAUCAAAGCCGAAGAUUCACCUAAGCCACCUUCAAACUUUACCUGGAACUCUGACGCUCGAGGAUACGUGAAUCUUACCUGGAUAUCAAACUUUAAUGGUGGACCGGAACAAUUCUUCAUCUUAUCACACAUGAAAGAAUCUGGCUGGACAUUUGUUGAAAAUCUGACAGACUCCGGUGAGGGUAACUUGAGAUAUCAUGACCUAGGACCUUUAACGCCAGGACUUGAGUACUUGUACCAGUUAGAGAGCUGUAAUAGAAUUAAUUGUUCUUUGAGCCCGAGAGAAGUUAAAGUCAAAGUUAAAGCUCCUCCGAUCUCGACCUCCUCUCUGUUUGGAGACAAUACCAUGCUGAUUUUGGUUGGAGCUUCUGCCACUGGCUUUCUCCUUGUUGUGGUUCUGACAUUGGCGGUGACGAUGUAUUGUAAAACAACUAAAAAGUCAGCUACGAAGAAAAGAAACAGGCAGGAAGGACUCAGUGGAUCCACAGAACAGGAUGAUACACCAGCGGAUGUUGUUGUUUACGCUGCUGUAGACAAGAGUGUCCUGAUGAAGAACAGACAACAGGAUGACGUAGUGAAGAAUGACGACAUCAAGGAUCAAAAUGAUGACAACGACACAAUGUAUUCAGAAGUGAUAAAACACCCUAAAAAACAACAAACAGAUGAAAAGAAAGAAAAGAAGAAGAAAGAAGAAGAGGGGUUGAAAGAAAACAAUGAAGAAGCCGGAGCAUCUACCAGUAACGACAACUCACGUUCAACGAAUCAAGAUGGUUUAGUUUAUAUCGAUGUUGAAUUUGCGAGAAAGCCCCCAAGUUCAGACACAAAGGGGAGACCAGUCAUACACGGAGAAGAAGAGAAGACAGAGUACACGUUCGUGGAUUUCUCCCAGAAAGCGCCACCUGUACAGGAAACGCAGGAAAAUGUCAAGUGAUCGUUUAUAGUAAGAUGGAAAAACAAUAAACAAUUCACAGAUGUUUUCAUCUGGAUUUAUUGACGACAGAUUAAACGUUCAUUUUUUCUUUCAUUGUUUAAAAAUCUUGAUUUUUGUACAUGUAUUUAGAAUUGUGAAUUAUCAUCUAAUUUUCAUCAUGAAAUACUGAAAGUUAAUUACAUAUAGACUCAAAACCCGUUAAUUAAAAAGUUUAAAAAUUAAAA